AUCGCUCGGAAGGAUCCGCAACCGAUCGAUAGGAGCGGCGCUACCGAUGCCGUCGGAGGAGACUCCAAGUCAUCCUGCCCCGAUCGAGCACCGUGGCGAUGAGGACUAUCGCCAUACUCCUGAUGUUUUUGUGUGCGUCAUCGGAGGCGACGACUCUCCUCCCGAUCCUAGGCGGUAAAGAAGCCCUGCGCGCCCUUUUCGGCGCUUACGUUGUCAAGCUGAUGUUUAUCAGUGCCUACAUGCAGGGCUUGCACAGCGGCUAUAGGCACGACACAAGGAAAGAUGAAUAUGAACAAAUCGUCCAGGUUCUCGACGUUCCUGAGGAUCUCUACCAGGAGAGAUACCUCAAAUCGUCACGACCCCAAGUUGGUAAAUCGAACAGAGCGGAACGAGAGCUGAAGAGUCGAGACAUGUGGAAGAAACUCUUCGGCAGAACUCCGUAUCCGGACGCUUCCAGACGAUCGACAAAAUGGAAGAGUAGAUUGUGAUAGCAGAUUCCAUGUUCGAUCUCUGGAUGAGUUACUCACUCUGCUCCAAUAAAAAGUUGUGUUCCAUUGCACAAAUAUUGCU